GGCGAUUCGGCGCUGCCCGUGCAGGCCCGGCGGGGCCGCGGGCGCCCGAGGCCUGCCCCCGCCCCGCGGCGGGGCGGAGGGAGGCGCGCUCCGCACCGCCCCCCGCUCCAAGGGGUGCACCAACGGAAAGUUAAAAAAAAGCAGCAAAACACCCCAAACCCCCUCACACCGGCCAGAGGGGGACGGCGGCGGUGAGGAGGGAGCGAGUUUGUCGGGAAGCAGUCACCAUGAAGAGCACUAUGGAUAAAGUGGGAAAGCCCAGCAGCAAAGAGUGAAGACUUUGGACAAACUGGCCUUCCUAAUGCCUAGAUGUAACUGCUCUGGUGGCCUGGUAGUGCAGUAUGAUCAGGAUGAGGAGGAAGAUACUUUGGGCAUCUUGCUUCUGCUUUGCAGCUGCCUUUUUCCUUGUGCUGACACUCCAGGUUAUCACCGAACUGGGCAACUCAGAGAAUAAGGUAUCAGUAAUCUCCAGUUUACACAGCAGCCCAUUAAAACCUGUGGAGAGACAUGCUUUUCAGUUUAAGAAUCAGGAACUUCACAGCAGCUUCAAGACAGAGUCUGAUGUAACUCACUAUCCUGUCCUGCUCUGGUGGUCUCCGCUGACUGGAGAGACAGGGAGAUUCAGUCAGUGUGGAGAGGAUGUAUGCUUCUUUACUAUCAACAAGACCUACCAGCACAAUCAGAUGACAAGAGCAUUUCUGUUCUAUGGUACUGACUUCAGUAUAUACAGUUUACCUCUCCCUCGUAAAGAAUAUCAUGACUGGGCCCUUUUUCAUGAAGAGUCACCAAAAAACAACUACAAACUCUUCCACGAGGCAGCCAUCACCUUAUUCAACCACACUGCAACAUUUAGCCGCCACUCUCACCUGCCACUGACCACUCAGUACCUUGAGAGUGUAGAGGUCCUGAAGUCAUUGAGGUUCAUGAUCCCACUGCAGAUGAAAAACAGCCUGAGGAAAAGGCUGGCACCACUUGUGUACGUGCAGUCUGACUGCAACCCCCCUUCUGACCGGGACAGCUACGUGCGUGAACUGAUGUGCCACAUUGAAGUAGACUCUUAUGGGGAAUGUUUGCAUAAUAGAGACCUUCCUCAGCAUCUCAGAAAUCCAGCUGCCAUGGAUGAUGGAAACUUUUUAAAAAUACUGGCACAGUACAAGUUCAUUCUUGCUUUUGAAAAUGCUAUAUGUGAAGAUUAUAUCACUGAAAAGCUCUGGCGGCCACUGAAGUUGGGAGUGGUGCCAGUGUACUUUGGGUCUCCCAGCAUUGUAGACUGGCUUCCUAGUAACAAGAGUGCAAUCCUGGUAUCCAGUUUUUCACACCCUCGGGAUCUGGCCCACUAUAUCAAAACACUGGAUACAAAUGAUGAAGAAUAUGAGUCCUACCUACAAUGGAAACUAAAAGGGGAUAUUUCCAACCCAAGACUGCUUAGAGCAAUGAAGGAGCGCAAGUGGGGAGUGCAAGAUAUCACCCAGGACAAUUACAUUGACACCUUUGAGUGCAUGGUUUGUAACAGAGUGUGGGAAAACAUCAGACGGAAAGAAAAGGGAUGGCUGCCGCAGAGGUGGGAGGCUCAGGUUAAUCAUCUGAGCUGCCCCAAACCGGAGGCAUUCUGGUUCUCAUCCUCAAACCCUGGCUGGAUUUCUCUCCAAAAGAUGUGGAUACCAAGCUUUGAGCAGUCUAAGAAAGAAGCCUGGGCACUGAGGCACCUGGUGGAAAGGAACAAGAAUUUUACAGCUGAAGAAUUUUGGAUGCUUGUAUUCAAAGACUAAACACAACGGACCUGUAAAACAGAGUGAGCUCCUCAGAGGAGUUCUGUGGAAUUUUCUUUUGCAGGUGACCUUAUAAUUUAGGAUUAAUAGCCAUGGGAAGUAGACCUGUAAGACUAAAUUUAGUAUGUUCAGUGCUCAAGGGGCACUAAGAAAUGCCAAACAGUAAAAUCAUUCUGCCAGGUAGUAUAUGCACAUAGAUAUGCAUAUAUUUGUAUUUAGAAUGAUUUUUAUUAAUUAUCAUUUGUUCAAAUGUUUGAACAUUAAGACCCUGGCUGUCAGGAUUCUCAAAGCCCAGAUUUAAGCACACACUAGUUAGCCUGAAGCAGAUGGCUGUACCUCCAUCUUUAGAAACAUACCUGCUUCAUCUCAAGACCCCUUUUUCCCCAGUCCAGGUCCUUCCUUUGCUAUACUGAUAGCCACAAGGUGCAGAGCAGCCGACACCAUUGCACAGGUACAGCUUCUGUGCUGCUUUGGAGGUAGACUGAAAAUUUGGGACUGUGUCCCUGGCUAGCUGUUUAUUAUCAAAUUUCCUGGUAUCAGCAGAUUUAAGCAGGGACUUGGCAGGUUUUGUGUCCUGACACUGAGUACCAGUGUAAUGUACAUUAGUGGCUGGCACGAGGAAACACCAUCUGUUGGUGUCCAGGGACAGAUUGAAUGAAAAACGUGCUGGCUCAGAUUUACCCACCAUCUUUUGCUAAAAAUAAGCAGAGCACAUGAGUAUCUCCACUCCCUAGAAAUAGGGUUGGCUUCGAUCUGACUUCUUGCCUUUCUGAUGAUAUAUUUGUAUUCUGAUGAUAGUAUUUGUAUAAUGUAUAAACAUGAAAUUAUAUGAUUAAAAGGGUAGGGAUAAUACAGGGUCCAUUGGUGCUGAAGUCUUCAAUAGACCCAAGGAGAAGUAGGCAGCCUUCCUGUUUUAACACACAAAACCUCAGAUUACAUAAUCUGACAAAGAAUAAAAUUUGGUGAUUUUAGUCAUCACUUACCAAGGGCACACCUUUGCCUGAUGUUUAGACUGUUGCAGGUUUCUUCCCAGGCUCUUUCAGCCUCAGUCUGUGGAGGUGUUAACUUUCACAGGAUCUGCAAGAUGGCAGUAACUGUGGAGCCAUUCAGAUGAGUGACACUCAUUCAUACGCAUGGCCAUGUAUGAUGACACAGACAAAUGGAAUUACUAAUCCAGGGUUCUUCACAUUGCUGGAAAGGCAGAUUGUCACCUGUGUUAAUUUCCAUGGAAUUGUUCAUUGCACCAGGCUAUAUUAAAAUUUCUGUCGAAUACUGGCUGUUUUGUAAAGGGGUAGCCAAAUAGUGGCAAUGGAGAAGGAUGUGAAUAGCAUUUAUGCCAAGAAAUUCAGCUGCGAAAUUUACUUACCUUGGAAAGGUUUUCUUACCAGAAAUUUCCUCAACAAAUAGCUGGUGAAUUUUUAGUCACUUUUAAAUCUGUCAAAGGAAAGAUGAGUUUUGUGGCCAUGAAUAAUAGAGUAUUGGUCAUUAGUAUCAGCCAUUGUUUCUAUGAGAAUAUAUUUAGUUUUGAUUAAGCAAAAUAUUCCCACUGAGUUUUCUCACCACUAGUGUUUUGCUAGUGUGACACACAGCAUCUGUUGAACAUACCUUAAACACUUUCCCCAGUGAUCUGCAGUGCAAAUGAUGACUAGGCUCCACAAAUUAAGCUCUUCAGGGAAGUGACAUUAACACUGGACUUACAGGCUUCCCUGGAUCCGGACUGAAAGCUGGACAUAGCCUCCCAAACAUUUUCAAAGGGAACUGCUGAAUGCCCAUCUGUUGCCACAAAUCUCUGUUUCACCUCCCAGGAUGAUAAAGAAACAUGAAAGACUAACUACUUUUUGUUGUUAUUGUUGUUAUUUUUUGUUUUGUGAUGUUCUGCUGUCCCCUUGGCCAAAAGUCUCAAGCCAUGUUGUUUAAAGACCUCAGGAAAUGCACAACUGGACAUUUUUUUCUUUGUUUCACGGUGGUAUCUGUUAGAUCCUGACCAUCUUGAUGAUAGAUUAUCUUUAUUUGAUAGAUAAAAUCCAAAGAAAUAAGACAUAUUUAUCUCA